GGGCGUUUUUUUUUUUUUUUUUUCUUUUCUCGUCUCCCUGCUCCAGGAUCAACAGGCACUCCACGUUUAAUUAUCUUCAACGUCAUCACUAUUCACACCUGCUCGUCAUUUCUCUCUUUGUGGAAGCAAUUCCGGCUGCUGAUUGUCUCACGGACCCUUUUCGAAUAAACUACAACGCCAUUGACCUUCUGUGGACGAAGAUCUACAGGGUUGCCGCACCCGGCAUCCUCAGGGACCUUGCCCGUUCCCCCCAAAACCCUCUUAGAGCUCCACUCUUCUUUAGGCUCCUUUAAACAUUGACAUAUGUAAUGGGUUCAUUUUGACAACCCCUCGAAAACGAUGCGCUGACUUUUUCGGGCACUUCACACUUCCCUCCCCUUCAUACUGGAUAUGCCCCAACCCUUCGCCACGCCGGGAGACAAUGAGCCCCCAGGAGGGUUCUCACGGUUUUUUGCAACCAGAAUGUUCGGCAAGGCGGGCGACUAUGAGUUAUUACCAUGGGGUCUUCCACAUUCCCAGCCCGGGAAGGAUGCCGCCAGGCCCGGAGCCAUUGCAAUCCGUCGCUUGUUUCUCCGCCGCUGUCUCAAGAUGACAGUACUUCUGGCCGUGCUUUUGCUAGUUUCCCUCGCUGUGGCAUUGAAAAUCAAGCCGCAUCCGCGUCGUCGUCCCGACUUGCCAUUGUCUUAUCCUGCGACACAUCAGACGGACCUGCGGAUCCAUGAUCCCAGCCUUCUCCGCGUGGGAGAUACGUACUAUUCCUACAGUGUGGGCGAGCAUAUCGCCAUUCACCAGGCGUCGAGCUUAGCUGGGCCCUGGGAGAAAACCGGUUCGGUUCUCCCGGCCGAUAGUGUCAUCCCCAAGGGGGACCGGAAGGCCCCCUGGGCACCAACGACGAUCCAAGUAGGCGACCGGUUCUACUGCUAUUAUGCCGUUAGCAACGCAGGAUGUCGCAACAGCGCCAUCGGAGUCGCGUCGUCGGCCUCCCCGGGACCAGGCGGAUGGGUUGAUCACGGGCUGAUCAUUCAAUCGGGCAAGGGCAAGGGGUCGGACGAGUACCCGUUGGAUCAAUCCAACACCAUCGACGCGAGCGUUUUCGUUGCCGAUAACGGACAGGCGUAUCUAAAUUUCGGCAGCUUUUGGUCCGGUAUCUGGCAGAUCCCGCUGGGGCAGGAUCUGAUCUCCCCCGGUGAGAAUGGCAGAUCCGAUGUGCGUCAUUUGGCUCGUGAACCGGCUGCUGUCUUCCCGGCUAGGAAGAAUGCGAAUGGGAUUUGUGGUGACCCGAGUGGUGGCCAUCCGAUUGAGGGGAGUUAUCUUUCGUAUCAUGAACCUUACUACUACCUCUGGUUUAGCUGGGGGAGAUGUUGCGACAUAACCGAUAAGUUUCUUUCUAAUUUUCCGGGCAAAGAGUAUCGCAUUAGGGUUGGCCGAUCCGAUAGCCCGCAGGGUCCAUUCCUGGAUAAGCAAGGGAACGAUCUUGUGGACGGCGGCGGCGAAACAGUCUACGCCUCGAAUGGCGAUACAUUCGCCCCGGGGGGGCAGGGGGUUUUGGCCGAAGAAGAUGGGGACAUUUUAUACUACCAUUAUCUAAACAAAUCUGUCAGCUAUGACUUUUGGGAAGCACGACUCGGGUACAGCCCGUUGAAAUAUGUAGAUGGAUGGCCAGUUGCACAGUGAGGCUGGUUCCUCACUAAACAACCACAGUUACUACUACAUACAGG